UUGAAUAGUAAAAAUCAUAUUCUAUGACGAAUAAUAUAUUUCUUCCCUUAGCUGCAAAACACACCUACUUCAUCGGCUCAGUGCUACUACGCCCUUUCUCCUCUGUUGAAAAUCGCCUUCUCAAGCAGCCCAAGUCUCUUUCAUACAGACCCAUUUGGCUAAACUCACGAAGUUUCUCAGUUUUCUCCACAAUGAAUAAUGUAAGAGCCGGCUCCUCGAAAGAAUUUCCUCUGGGGUUGGACGCAAGUACUGAGGAAGAAUACUCUUCUCAAUCUAGUUUGCUCCAAGAUUUCACUAGCAUCCCCACCAUUGAUAAGGCAUGGACUUUCACAUCUGAUGGUGAAGGUUCCCAGGGUAUGUUCUCGAUAAGCCAACCGAAUCUCCUAGCCAACAAAAAGAGAAGAUACAUAUUAUCUUGUCAUAUUUCAAAAGAAAGUACAGAUGGUGUGGACUUUCUAUGGGCUGCAUUUCCUAUUGAGAUGUCCAAUGUUUCUCUGAUGAUCCCAUCACCUUCAGGUUCAAAGCUUCUUGUAGUUCGAAAUCCUGAAAAUGAUUCUCCGACCAAGUUUGAAAUUUGGGGUCAAUCUCUGGUGGAAAAGGAGUUUUUGGUUCCUACCUCUGUCCAUGGCUCCGUAUAUUCAGAUGGAUGGUUUGAGGGAAUAUCGUGGAACAACGAUGAAACUCUUAUUGCUUAUGUCGCUGAGGAACCGGCUCCCUCGAAGCCUACAUUUACUACUUUUGGUUAUAAGAAAGAGAAUUCUACAGAAAAGGAAUGUGGUAAGUGGAAAGGUCAAGGGGACUGGGAAGAGGAGUGGGGGGAAACCUAUGCUGGAAAAAGACAACCUGCUCUUUUCAUCAUCAAUGUCAACAGUGGAGAAGUACGUCCUGUUGAAGGAAUUGGGAAGUCACUGAGUGUCGGACAAGUUGUAUGGGCUCCAUCCACUGAAGGAUUGCAACAAUAUCUGGUUUUUGUUGGGUGGCCUUCAGAUACUAGAAAGUUGGGCAUAAAAUAUUGCUAUAACAGGCCUUGUGCCUUAUAUGCUGUUAGAGCUCCAUUUUCAAAGUCAGACAUCCAUCAAUCUGGAACUCAUGCAGCUGACAAUGUAUCUCCAACUAAGCUGACACAAAGCUUAAGUAGUGCUUACUUUCCUCGUUUCAGUCCAGAUGGAAAAUUGCUUCUGUUUUUGUCCGCUAGAAGUUCAGUAGAUUCUUGGGCACAUUCUGCAACUGGUUCACUUCAUAGGAUUGAUUGGUCAUUCAAUGGAAAGCCAACUCCAGAUGCUAAAAUUAUUGAUGUGGUUCCUGUUGUGAUGUGUCCUGAAGAUGGCUGCUUCCCUGGCCUUUACUGCUAUAGUGUUCCUAGUAGACCUUGGAUUUCUGAUGGAUCUACUAUGAUCUUAUCUUCUAUCUGGGGCAGCGCACAAGUAAUAAUUUCAGUAAAUGUGAUAAGUGGAAAUGUAUCACGCAUUAGCCUUGGAGACUCUAGCUUCUCUUGGAAUGUGCUCGCACUAGAUGGUGACAACAUCAUAGCUGUCUGUAGUAGUCCCGUUGAUGUUCCUGCAAUCAAGUACGGGUCCUUUGUCCGUAAGGCAUCCGCAGAGGCCUCAUGGAGUUGGUUAGAUGUUUCAAGCCCCAUAUCUAGAUGCUCUGAAAAGGUAACAUCUCUGCUGUCUUCACGCCAAUUUAGUAUUAUGAGGAUUCCUGUCAGGGAUAUCUCCGAGAACCUUACUAAAGGUGCCGGCAAACCGUAUGAGGCUAUCUUUGUAUCCUCUAAGUCUCAGAGCCGCAAUGUGUGUGAUCCGCUGAUUGUAGUCCUUCACGGGGGUCCUCAUUCUGUUUCAUUGUCAAGCUUCUCAACGUCCUUAGCUUUCCUUUCCUCGCUUGGUUAUAGCUUGUUGAUUGUAAAUUACAGAGGCUCCUUGGGGUUUGGCGAGGAAGCAGUACAAUCUCUUCCUGGUAAAAUUGGAUCACAGGAUGUUAAUGAUGUACUUGCUGCUAUAGAUCAUGUCAUUGAAAAGGGACUUGCAGAUCCGUCUAAAAUAGCCGUGCUGGGCGGUUCUCACGGUGGAUUUUUGACAACUCACUUGAUUGGCCAGGCACCAGAUAAGUUUGCAGCAGCAGUUGCGAGGAACCCUGUUUGCAACCUUGCUUUGAUGGUUGGUACAUCUGAUAUACCUGAUUGGUGCUAUGCCGAGACAUUUGGAUAUAAGGGAAAAUCAAGCUUUACAGAGGCUACUUCAGUUGAACACCUUGAAGCCUUUUACAGAAAAUCACCAAUUUCACACGUCUCCAAGGUCAGAACUCCUACACUUGUCCUGUUAGGUGCAAAGGACCUCCGUGUACCAAUGUCUACUGGGUUGCAAUAUGCACGAGCGUUGAAGGAGAAAGGAGUGGAGGUUAAAGUCAUUGUGUUCCCUGAGGACACUCAUGCAAUUGAUAGACCACAAUCUGACUUUGAAAGCUUUUUAAACAUUGGAGUCUGGUUUAAGAAGUACUGCAAAUAGAUGGAUUCUAUUCAUGUCUUAACUGAGACUUUCGACAUACCUUCCUGCUGAUAUUGUCAUAAGAGCAGAGGGGCAUGGUAUUUAAGUGGGGAGAAGAGCAGAAGGGGCGAGCCCAUUAUUCAUCAAGUUUUGAACUACGCCUUUUCUAAGAUUUCUCGGGUAUCAUAAAAGGAAAAUUUUGAAUCGUUCAUUGGAAAAUGGAUGAGAUGUUUUUAGAAAAUCAAAAACUUGCUCUUUUUUAUUUAAUGACAAUGGAAAUACAUAUAUUAUACACUUCGGCUAGCGAAUGCAAUUUGUUUCAGCAGACCGGAUAAUUUUGUAUUUUACCCUAAAGAGAAUGAGUAAUAAUUUGUUUCCUCCACUUCUGUAA